AUGUCGGGACGUGAGCACUUUGCAGGGGAGGAGGACGGACAGAAGAAGACUGAGGAGGAGCUGCAGCAGGAGGAGGAGAUGGAGCUGGAGCGACGGGUGGAGUACGUCGACGAGUACUGGGCGGAGAUGGAGGUUGUGGAUCGUGAGCUGUACCCAGAGUUGCGGGAAAAGUCUGGCCGCCAGUUUCUGGACGCCCUCCUCGAGUCUGCUAUCCAUGAGGACAUCGAGGGCAUCGACGCUCUCACUCGGGAUGCUGACACCAUCAAGGCCACGUAUCCUGUGCGGAUGAAGGAUGCCAACGGAUUCCAUAUGGAGCAGCCACGUGAGCUCAACUUGCUCCAGAUGGCGGCCACCAUCGGCCUGCCUCGGGUCCUUGUCGAGUUCUUUGUCUUUCUUAACGGCACUACCAUGGUCGACCGCGAUGGCAACACCCUCCUGCACUACAUUGCCUCGCAAGGCCAUGUGGCGUGUCUGCUUGCCCUUCUCGACGAGGAAGACGACAUCAAGGACAUCUCGGUUGAGGAUCUUGUUGUCAUGAACAAGCGCAACGCCGAGGGCAAGACGCCGCUGCAUCUUGCGCUCGAGUACUCGGACGUGCUCACUCGCGUCAUCUACGACGAUCCCGAGGGGUUUGCUGCCGAGGAGCAGGCGGUGGCCCAGGCCCACGUCGAGGCACGCCUCCAGGUUGCAGAGUUUCUCCUCAAGACCCUGUACAACACGCCAUCGCCGCUCAACCCCACCGCGUUUGAGGAUCCGGCCAACUUGCACUGCAAGGAUGACGUCGGCACCACCGCAUUCCACAACCUUGCUCGCCUCGGCUCGCUCCCUCUUGCUCGCUCUCUCAUUACUCACUUUUCCAAGAACCAGAGCGAGCUGGCGGUGACCGACUCGCUCGGCGCCACCGUCCUUCACGUCGCCACCAAAGACCGCCGCGAAGAGUUUGUCCUCGACUUGCUCGCCGUCCUCGAGCCGGCGGGCGGCAAGCGAAAGAACCACGCGCUCUCCCCUUUUGCCCGCGACAACUUUGGCAAGUCGCCGUUCUACUACGUCGCCUUUCACGACAUGACGUCUGCGCUCACUACCAUGAUCCGGUUCAUUCCCUCGGACGACGAAGAGCUGCUCCACACUGACCGCCUCGGCCGGACACCGCUUCUCCUCGCCGCCGACCGGGGGAGCGUCAACGCCAUGGCCGAGCUUGUCAAGCGCCCUUCUGCCACCGCCGUCGACGCUUUUGGCCUCACGCUUGCCCACUACACGGCGGCGCGGCUCUCGGCCACCCCUGUUCUCGACGACGUCUUUGGCUACCGCCAGGUCCCGCUCUUUGAGCCGACUAUGACCGACAUUGCGUCCAACAGUCCGCUGCACUAUGCAGUGCGCUAUGCUCAAGGUGACGCCGUCCUCCGCAUGCUUCGUGAGCCCGGCAUGACCGCCACGCCGAACGCGCUCGGCGACACCCCGCUCCACAUUGCGCUCCGGGUGAAGAACCUUGCCGCUGCUACCGUUCUCCUCGACCACGACACGCCCGAGUACCCGCACGUCUUUCCCGAGCCCGAGCCCGAGGCCCUCCGCGCCAUUCUCGCCUCUACAGACUCGGGUCUUGGAGCGGACGUCCUUGAGACCGAGGGCCGAUCGGGGGCCAAGUCGGUCGCCCGCGACUUUGCCACCGCCAUCAGCAUGGCGGGCCUUGGCGGCCGCACUCCGCUGCACGAGCUCCUCCGCGCGCCGUCGCCGACCGAACUUGCCGCCGGCAACGUCCUUGUCCAUCCCGAGUACAUUGCCGCCGCUGCCGCCGAGGCAAAGGACGCGCUCGCUUCGGGUCUUGUCGACCUCGAAGACGUCAUUGCCCACGACGAAGGCCACGACGUCGCUCUUCUCAACUCGGGCAAGCUCGUCGGGUUCCAGUUUGACGACGCCUCGCCGUUUCCUUAUCCACGAGCUGCGGGCGAGGUCAACGACGCCAUCGACUCCUUCCAUGACAUGCUUGCGGCCUUUUACGCUGAGCCCGGCUCAGCAGACGACCCCUACAAUGGCGAACGCGAACCCGAGGUCGCUGACCAGCUUGAUCUCGCUGCUGUGGUGGAGAGCUUGCUGCUCAAGCAUGCGCCGGUUGGCGCCCGCGACGCCGCAGGCCGCACCUGCCUCCACGACGCCGCUGCCUCACCGGUCGUCUCGCACAUUGUCUACCGCCAGCUCUUCCUGGGCUCGGACGAGAGGUUGGCUAAUGCAAAGUACGUCGUCGCCACCGACACGAGCGGGAACACGCCAAUUCACGAGGCUGCCGGUGCCGGCAACGGUGCCGCACUUCUCAUCUUUGCAUCGAGCUUCGCCUCGUGGGUCUCUCGCAAGCACACCCGGCCCUCGCUGCUCGACACCAAUGCCUCGGUUGGUGGCGGCUCGACCGGCCGCUCCGCCGCUGACGCUGCGAGUCAGGACGACUUUAUCGAGCUCACCGAUGAAGAGUUGGAGGUUCAGGACUUUUUCAGCAACCUUCUCGGUGACGAUGCUGUUGUCCUCGAAGACUUGGCUGUAGCUGGUCGCCAUGCGCUCGGUCGACUCGUCGCUGCCUUCCGGGAGCCGAACGCCGACGGCCGCACCCCGCUCAUGCUCGCCGCCGCCGCCGGGCACGACGCCGUCGCCAUCAUGCUCCUCAAGGUUGCCGGAAUCGAGGAACUGUUCUUUGCCGAUACUGAUGGCUGCACAGCUUUUCUCCUUGCCUGUCGCGAGGGCGCCACCGGCCUCAUCUCCACCAUGUUUGAAGAGAUAGAGAGCUACGAGCCGCUGCUCGCUGCGAGGACCAAAGCGGGUGAGUCUGGCAUGGUCCUCGCUGCCAAGCACGGCCGCCUCGAGCUGCUGCAGGACGUCCUCAUCCCAGGCCUCCAAGAUUCGCCGCGGCUGCGCCACGCUGCCUGCACCCUCGACACCAUGGGCUGGUCCGUCCUCCACUACCUUGCGGCUGUUCCUGCGGUUGAGCCCGUCAUUUAUCUCGACGAGCGCAAAUCGCUCGCGCCAGUGGUUGGCGACGCCAGUGGCGCGGCCUCGGUCAUUACCUCUCUCCUUGGCGCACUUUACGAUUACCACGACCCGACGACCGACACGCUCAACUUUGGGUUCAUCUUGAGUGCCGGAACAAGCACAGCCAAGCUUGCAACACCGCUGCACAUUGCGACUCGAUUUGCUAACCCGCAUGCUGCAGACGCCCUGUGGCAGUUUAUGGCGUCGACAUCGCUGCCAGAGCCGCUCGACAACUUUGACCUUGCCUCGGUUGCGCUCCUCUGCGACGCGUAUGGCUUCAACGUCGUCCACUACGCCGUCAUCCACGACAUGGACAACCUUGUGGGCGACAUGAUGCAGACCUCCAUUGCCGAGGCUGCUUUCGAAGCUCGCGCCGUUGUUCCUCCCCCGACUCCCCGCGGGCGCGAGUUGAGCCAAGGCAAGACGCCUUGGCCGCCGUCCAAGUCUGACCUUGUCGCCGCCAUCGAGGGCAUCCGUCGCUCGGCCGCCACUGCCGCGCAUCUGCCACAUGUCCCGCUCACCGGGCCGGGCUCGCUCGUCGCUGACGAGGGCACUACAGACUUUGUCGCCCCACACUUUGACCGCUCGCUCGAGUGGGUGCGACUCGCUGCAGACGUCGAGACCAGGGUUGACGCCCUUCCGCAAACGCCUCGCGACGACGAUCCGCUGCUGGACAUUGGCCUCCAGUUCCUCAUUUCGCUCGAGGACAAACCGCUCACCGACGCUCAGCGCCGGCAAGUCCUUUACAACGUUUAUGAAGCUCCGGUGAUCGACAUGAAGUAUGCCUCCGAGAAUGACGUUGGGCUCACGCCGCUGCAAAUUGCGGCACUCUACGGCUCAUCGCUCGCUGGCAUUGCGCUGCUCGAAGCCUAUCGAGCCAUGGCCGACGAGGUGCCAUUCAAUCCGCUUGACGUCCGCACCGGCUCUAAGAUGUCUGCCACGGAACCGUAUGCUGGCUAUCUGGCGUGUCAUCUUGCCGCGCUCCGACCCGAGUCGGCGGAGCUUCUUGAGGAGCUGCUGAACGACAUGGACGACCGCAACGUGAAGACUCACGACGGAUGCAACGCGCUUAUGGUGGCGCUCAAGGCGUCCAACUUGGCUGCGGUGCGCGUGGCCCUUACGUUUGCUCGUGCCGACAUCUCGGCUGACGCAGGUAGCCUUGCCAAGCGCGCCCGAAAGCAUGCGCGCGAUGCCUCCCGGCGCGGGCGUGGAACGAACAAGGCCGUCACGGAGGACUCACGACCGCUGUUGCUCAACACGGUCUCCGAAAGCAAUGCCAAUAUCCUGCACUACCUCGCGGCAUUUGACGCUCCUCCCAAGACCAAGGCAGCUGCUGUGAGCCUGGUCAAGGAGGCUAUUGCUGAGGCCGAGGCCGAGGCCGAGGGCGUUGACACUCCUCAGCCGGUCUUCGUGUCAGCUUUUUCGCUUGGGCCAUCGCGGCUGCUUGAGGAGCUGCUUGUCACCGCAGACACGACAUCGGGCGGCACGCCGCUUCACAUUGCCACCAAGAUGGGAAACGCUCACUUUGUCGACGCUUUUGUGGACGUUGUCCUCUCCGCGCCACCUUCGCCGCUCGGAUCUCUGUUCGCACAACGCGACGCCAAUGCGAUGACGCCGGUGGCGUAUGCCGUCGUCAACACUAUGAAGCCGCUUCUCGACCGGCUCUCCAAGGACAAGGGAAAACGGCUCAGCUCCGAGGUGCUCGCUGCCCGCGCCGGCGGCAAGGCCUCGCUCCUUCUUCUCGCGGCGGCGCGGGUGUACUACGAAGCCGAGCUCGACGCUGCGGUCGAAGCAUCUCUCGCUGACAACCCCGCUCUCGAGAGGUUGGUUACCGGCGUGCCCCUCGCAGGCGCGCCAGAGGCUGGGCACAACAGCGACGACGACCGCUGUUCCGACUACGGUGACGACGACGAGUCGGGCUUUGGUGGUGGCCAAGAGGGCGGCCCGGUGGGCCAUAUUGACGACGUCACCUCGCCGAUCGAGGCUGCGCUCUCCGUCCUUGAUCUCAUCACCUCGGCCAUCCAGGCAGCCGAGCAGCCACUGCUCCUUGUACAGGAUAUUUGCAACCGCGCGUCGCUUGUCAACGCGACUCUUGUUGGUCAAGCGGCGUGUGCGCGUGCUGCGGUCAUCGGCGCCGACGCGGUCGCCUUUGUGGCGGACCUUGACGCGCGGCUGGAGCUCGAGUCCCAUCUUCGGAGCGGGACCGCGCUGCAUCUCCUCGCUGCCACUCUUCCAGCCGCAAGCACGACUGCGCGCGUGCUCGGUGGACUUCUUGCCGAGUUUCCGGCGACUCUCGACGUUUCUGGUCCACUGCAGUGGCUUGCAGCGCGCGAUCCUAGCCGCGGCGAGGCCACGCCGCUGAUGGUGGCGGUAGAGGCCGGAAACCUGCCUGUGGCGGAAGCGCUCAUCAAGCUCUUUGUUGACUACUCUGCGCUCAAUGUAGCGGCGCAUCUCGCGCUCACCAACUCGGCCGGCGAGAACGUCGUUCACCUCGCGGCCCGCUUUGGGCGGUCGUCGGUGGUCAAGGCCAUUCUUGACUCGAACGCCGACGGCGCACUUCUCAACGCCCGCGGCGGCCCGCACGGGGCCACACCUUUCCUCGAGGCUGCCUCCUCGUCGAGUGUCACCCUCGUGCGCAUGCUCGAGGAGCUCCCCGAGAUCGACGUUUCGGUGCGUGACGCUCGCGGCGCCUCGGCUGUUCACUAUGCUGUCUCGUCGCCGCGGGCGGUCGACAUGCUUGCCUUUCUCCUCAGCCUACCGCAGCUCGCGGAUGGUACAGCCACUGUGGACCGGAUCGAGGUCUCGCUAGAUGAUGCCGAUGCGCCGCACUUUGAGUACACAUGCCCGUGGCUCAAGGGCACGCCCGCUGGUGUUGAUCCCGAGCUGGUGGAUCUUCUCUCCUCGGGCCACAACAACGAGCUCAACACCGGGGCCGGGACUUCGGAUUCCCGUAGCGGCAAUCUCGCGUCGACGAAGAAGAAUCCUGACGCAGCCCAGUCCCGCACCGGCUUUCUCUUUUCGGUCUCGGAGCGGCGGUAUGAUGGCAAGACGCCGCUGUUCCUCGCGCUCGAGGCCGGUAAUGCCACGCUCGCUGCGGCACUUAUGGAGCAGCCGUCGUUUGUGGCGGCGACGCGUGACGCCCGCGACGAGACGCUGUACCAUGCUGCUGUUCGCGGGCGGCUUCCUCAGUUCAUCUCGCUCGCUCUCACCGAAGGCCGUGCCAAGCUCGAUAACUUUCUGGCGCGGGCAUCGGCCGAGCCCAACAUUGAUGGCGAGACACCGCUCCUUCUUGCUGUCAAGAGCUGCCUUUGGCCAGCUAUUGCCCAGCUCCGCGAGACGUACGAGCUUGAGCUGCCGCUGAACGCCACUUCGCCCAUCGCAGCUGCGCUUGAGCAGCACAAUUAUCCGCUGGCGAUGCACCUGUUUUCAGCAUCGGCACCCAAGUCGCAGAGCUGUGACGUCGCCGAGCUGGUGAUCCAGCCAUUGCUUUUUGCCGCGCACGCCGCCACGGACUCGUUUGCGUCUGCUGACGGCUGGCAGAGCGGCGCCAAGCCGACGAGUGCCUCGCAGCCGCGUUUUGCCGGUGAUGAAGGCGAGAAGAACCUCAACUCGGGCCUGGCAACGCUCUCGCCGUUUGACGAUCGUCCCGAGAGUGGCUUGCUGCACGAAAGACUCGCGCUCGGCUAUGUGUACCAGGUUCUCGGACUUGAGCUCACCCGGGUGUCGCUCGUCAUGGACCACGGCGCGUUCGCAAAGGCGCUCGAGGCGUGUGCCGCCGGCAAGCUUGCUGGUGCGGCGCACGCACUGCUGGCCUUUCAGCGGCUCAUUCCGUCGGCGCGGGUUCUGGCAGAGGCAGCAUCAGGCACCGGUACGGCGACUGCGUUUGGUGGUGCGCGCGGUGGCAUUGGCGGCGCACUCGGGGGCUCGAGCCCGACCCUGGACUCGAUGUUUGCGCCCCGUCAGGCGACACUCUUGCUUGCGUCGUUUGUGCGGUACGGCGUGACAGCUGUUGUCCGGACCAUUCUCAAGUACGGCCUCGUGGCGUCUCCGUUGGACCACCCUGACAACUUUAACCGCAGUGUGCUGCACAUUGCGUGUGCCGCCGGAGCCCACGACGUGGCUGAACUCAUCCUCCGUUUCGCGUCGGAGAGCCAGGUCAACGAUCCAGGCUUCAAGGAAAUGACACCACUGCAUCUUGCGGCACGGGCAGGUCUUGGAACCGUUGCUAAUCUGCUUGUGCUCUCUUCGGGCGCCAACGCUGCCGCCGAGUCCAACAACUCACAGACUCCGCUGCAUCUGGCCAUUCUUUCACGUCGCGAGGACAUUGCACUGCUACUGGUGGCGGCAGCACCCGAGUCGGUGGUCAUCGCAACCCCGGAGGGCUACCAUGCCGGACAUUUGGCGGCACGCAAGGGCCUCGGCCCGGUUGCCUCGACCCUCUUUGCUUCGCAGCACAUUCGGCUCGACGCGACUUCUGGCGAUGGUGACGCCAACUCGGAGCUCUCUCUUCUUGCUGCUGUUGCGCAUGGUGGCUCACCGUUUGUUCUUGCUGAGCUCCUGCGCGAGCGGAGUAACCGGAUGAACAACGAAGUGGGCAAGGUCGACCGACGCGAGAGGCGUUUGUACAAGGACCAGUCACAGACCAAGAGAACGCUGCUGAAUAUGUUUUCGGUCACUGCUGUCAACGACGCGCUCAGCACGGCAUUCGACGCACGCUCGGACGUCGUCAUCCGCAAGAUGCUCGCUCGGACGGCGUCAAUGCUGGUGGAGCCCGAGUUUGAGCUGGACAACUCGAGCGAGGAAGUAGUCAUGACCUCGGCCUUUGACGUUGCACCGCUGCUUCGGCGGGUGGUGACAUCGCCCAAGUGCAGCACCGAACGCGAACCACUUGUGCUCGAGCUCUUUCAUACGCUCUCGCCAGUGACACCGCUCAACGACAUUGCAACAGCUUCUGGAGUUGUCUGCAGGUUGCCUCUCCUUGUCAAUGACCUGAUUUGCAGCGCUCCGGGAGCCGCCGUCUUGUCAGACCUGAUGCGGAUGGCGACGCAGUAUGGAACGGCACCCGAGACCGUGUUUGCCGCGCUCCAAGUGGGCUCGCGGUUGGAGUGGGACGUGCGGAUGGGGCUCCAGGUCGUGUUUGACGACUGCCCAGGCCUUUCGCUGAUGAUCAUUGCCACGCUGGGAGUGGACGAGGCUGUCAAGGACGAGGCCGUCAAGGAGGCGUGUCUCUCCUGCAAUCCGUGGGACUACGCGUUUCUCACGUUUGCGUUGGACCAGCGACAGCCGCAGCUUGCGUACGCUGCGCUGGAGGCGUACUGGCGGAGUGGCGCAUCACGUGAGCUGCCAGCCGAGUUUCACACCUCGCACGGUUGGUACUGGUCACCUAUGGCCAAGGCCAUUGUCUCGCGCCACCUGGGCCUGCUCCGCAUUCUGGGCGACUCCGUUGAUGGGAAGAUUUUUUCGGACCAAUCGAUCUCGCCGCUGGCAUCUGCGGUCGAGAAGGGUGACACUGCGGGUGCACUCGUCCUGCUCUCGUGCAUCCGCGAGGCGACUUCGGCCGACGCCGAGCAGGUGUUCCUCACCUCAGGCUUGGAGGACUCGUCGACUCUGGAAAAGGCUGUCUCGCUCAAGAUGGUUUCGGUAGUGAGGAGCAUGAUCUCGGUCUGGCCCGACUUCCUGGCGAGCCAGCAGGGUUCGGCAGCGCGGUCGGUAGUGGUCGAGGCCCGCGGCGAAGUCGCGGUUGUCCUGCUCUCCGCACUCCAGCUAGGUGCGCGCUCUACGCCGCACUCGCUGCGUUACGAACCCGCCGUCUUGUCAGACCUGAUGCGGAUGGCGACGCAGUAUGGAACGGCACCCGAGACCGUGUUUGCCGCGCUCCAAGUGGGCUCGCGGUUGGAGUGGGACGUGCGGAUGGGGCUCCAGGUCGUGUUUGACGACUGCCCAGGCCUUUCGCUGAUGAUCAUUGCCACGCUGGGAGUGGACGAGGCUGUCAAGGACGAGGCCGUCAAGGAGGCGUGUCUCUCCUGCAAUCCGUGGGACUACGCGUUUCUCACGUUUGCGUUGGACCAGCGACAGCCGCAGCUUGCGUACGCUGCGCUGGAGGCGUACUGGCGGAGUGGCGCAUCACGUGAGCUGCCAGCCGAGUUUCACACCUCGCACGGUUGGUACUGGUCACCUAUGGCCAAGGCCAUUGUCUCGCGCCACCUGGGCCUGCUCCGCAUUCUGGGCGACUCCGUUGAUGGGAAGAUUUUUUCGGACCAAUCGAUCUCGCCGCUGGCAUCUGCGGUCGAGAAGGGUGACACUGCGGGUGCACUCGUCCUGCUCUCGUGCAUCCGCGAGGCGACUUCGGCCGACGCCGAGCAGGUGUUCCUCACCUCUGGCUUGGAGGACUCGUCGACUCUGGAAAAGGCUGUCUCGCUCAAGAUGGUUUCGGUAGUGAGGAGCAUGAUCUCGGUCUGGCCCGACUUCCUGGCGAGCCAACAGGGUUCGGCAGCGCGGUCGGUAGUGGUCGAGGCCCGCGGCGAAGUCGCGGUUGUCCUGCUCUCCGCACUCAAGCUAGGUGCGCGCUCUACGCCAAUGGAGAGUAGCCAGCCUGAGGUCUCUCUCCGCGACUCGGACGUGGAGACUAAGGUCAUGAUCGAGCCGUUUGCGUACAUGUGUGCAAGCCAGUGUAUGCCUGGUGUCCGCUUCUUGCUCACAGAUCCAAUUCCGGGCAUGAACAAGACGUCGGGUAACGUGAGCCCGACGGCGUACACGCCUCUCCACUACGCGGCGGCGUCGGGCAAUGUCGACCUGCUGUGUCGGCUGCUCGCCAUUCUCGCGCCGUAUGGUGAGCUGCUUAGGGCCGCUCUUGUCGAGAACGAGAACCCGGUCAAGGCGACGCCGCUUGUGGCGGCGCUGAUGAAGGGCAAGGCCGGGACAGCCAUGGUGCUCAUCAAAGGCAUGGCGGCGAUGCUUCCGCCUGAUGAGCUCGUCGCUGCGCUGACGAUGCUCUCGGACCAGGACGGCUCGGCCAUGCACUUUGCUGCUCGCGCCGGCCUCACCGAAGUCGUCCGCACCCUCAUCCGCCUUGGCGUACCGGCAUCGGGCAAGCUGGACGCAUCGGACCUCCCCUCGCCGCUCCUCCGCUCAGUCAUGCAGCUGUCGUCGACGGCGUCGGCCUCCGAGCAUGUCGAGACUGCGCGCUACCUGCUGGCGUCUGGUGCCGAUGUGGGUGGCAAGGGGGCGAGUGGAAAGACUGCGCUGCACUACGCGGCUGAGGUGGGCUCGCUUGAGCUUGUUCUUGCUCUUUUCAAGAACUCGUUGGUGGGCGACAGGCUGGGACGGAGUGCGUUGCACUAUGCCGCCAUGGGAGGACAAGUCGCUGUGGCGCUUGCCAUUCUCUCAGCUUCGGUCUCGCCGUCAUCGCUUGUUCGCACCGACAGCUUUGGCGCGGCUGCUAUCCACUAUGCUGCCGUCUCGUCCCACCCGCGCAGCUACCUGGUGUGCCGGGCUCUUCAGGCCUUCCAGCAUGACGCUGAGCUUGCUCCGGUGACGGCGUCGCACGUCGACCCUGGUGUGGUCUCGUUGGUUGACCACGUCGACGCGAUGCUCUCGCUCCGUGGCGGCAGCGAGCUCUCGACCGCCAUGUGGCUGCGGCUGGUCAAGACGCCACUCUGUCUUGCGGCGCUGCUGGGCAACACGGCAUCUGCGCUGGCGCUUCUCCGCGCUGGCGAGUCGCCAGCCCCCACAGAAGCGCAGGGCGGUCAUAGUCUCGCAUCCGUCCUUGUCGCGUCUGCUGUGCUAGGCGCCACGACCAUCGGGCGAGCUGUUCUUCGACUGGCGGCCUCCGAGGAGUGGCUUGAUGUCUCUGUCACGUCGCUGCUUCAGACAAAGACGCCAGCCCAGCGGGAAGAUGGCAGCCAGGGCGAGACGGGUGGAGCAGGCACCUCCGGUCCCAAGUGGGGUGGCGACGAUCCAACAGGCAAGGUCCCGCUCGCUGUUGCUGCCAGAGGUGGCAAGUGGGAGUUUGUGCUCGGCCUCAUUGCCGCCAACACCGAGCUGCCACGGGCGCAGCGGUCGACGCUCGAGGAGCUCUCGUCGGAGGUCACGCUCUCUGUAGCCAAGACGAACCAGGUGGACGUGGCCCGUGCGCUGAUUGCCAACUACGAUCUCCAAUGGGGUGUGCCUGGCGAUGGCGGUUCAGACCUCGCGGGCAAGGCACCUCUGUUUGUGGCAUGUGCCAAUGGCUCGUGGGAGCUUGCACUCAUGCUGCUCGGUAUUGUGUCAACGUCGGAAGACAAACGGCUAGCGGUGAACAACGUGGUGGACCACGCCGGGCCGAUCCACUGGGCAGCAGAAGCGGGCCAGAUGGCUCUUAUCAAGGCACUUGUCGCUUCGCGAGCCAAUGUCAACCUGCUCGACGAGAAGAAGCGGUCGCCGCUGUACAUUGCCUGUCAGCAGCGCCACCUCGACGUGGUCGAGUACUUGCUCCUCAACACGCCAGCGGAAAUCAUGCGGCACAACUCGCCGGGUGCCAAGCUUCCGCUUCACGCGGCAUGCUCGGCCGAGGCGAUUGACGAGGUAAGGCUCUCCAACCCGGUCUCAAUUCCGGUGGUCAAGGCCAUUCUCUCGCACGCGCAGAUCAAGCAAGUGCUCGAGGUUGAGUCGCGGCCGGGCUCAGGUGCACUCGCUGGAGCCGGGCGUGGCGAGGCAAACGCAAGCCAAGACAACUCACUGCUGCUCGCGAUUACGGGCAGCAACCCGUCACUCGCGCUUCUCAUCAUCGACUUUUACAAGAAGCACGCAGUCUCGCUCACCAACUUGCUCAAGACCAUGGUCCACACGCUCGCGUCGCGGCAGGUGUGCACGGCUGUGGGGCGGUCGGGAGAGCUGGAGCAGACCUUGUUCUACUACAACGGCUAUCCGGUGUGUGCCGUGUGUAUGAGCACGUGUCGUUUGGGCGAUGCCUGGGCAGCUGAUCGUGUAGACACGUUCUCCUGCUGGUGCUUUACGUCUUCGUCGUGCAAGGUUCGCGAGGCGCUGCCGCGCAAGCUCUUCACCUCUGUGGUCACCAUUCUCAUUGGCAAGGACGCAACGAUCGAGCUUGAGGACGUGGGCGACGAUACCACGUUCCUCAUGUACUGCUGCAAGGAGGGGCUUGAAGAGCUCGCGCUCCUACUGCUGAGCAAGGACGUGGAGGUUGCGGCCACCAACGGCAACAACUCGACGGCGCUGCACUUUGCUGCCGAAUUUGGCUUGCUCUCUGUGGUGGAGCAGCUGGUGUCUGGCCACCGUGAGCUUGCGGUCGACGCUGUCGACAACGACGGGUUCACGCCGCUGCACCUCGCUUGUCGGUCUGGUCACGACGCGGUGGCCAAGUUCCUUCUCGAUGCCAUGCGCGACAAGACAGCCGAGGAGCUGUGCAAGACAACGCGUGACCAAAAGACGCCGAUGCAUUUGCUUGCUCCCAAGAUCACCCGGAUGCCCGAGACAUUCAAGACGCUCAUCAACCGCGCUUCGCUGGCAAUGACCAUGCUUGACGCCGAGUCGCGGACGCCGCUGAUGAUCGCGCACGAGGUGGACGGUGUCGACCUCAAGACGCUCGUCUCGCUCGUCGCCCUCACGGGCGAUAAGCUGCUCCACGCUCCGCCAAUUAAUCUGGACGUCGAGCAGGCCCAGUCUUCAGGCCGGCCCAAGUACUCGGCGUCGGUCCUCCACAUGGCAGCGCUCAAGGGUGAGCUCGGGCUAGUGCAGGCCAUUCUGGAAGAGCUGGGGAAGCGGACCAAGUCGCAGCUGCGGCUCCACACCGAGCUUGCUUCGUUUGGCAUCACAGCGCCGGAGAAUGCGGCAGCCUACCCCUACGCUGGCCUCGGCACCAAGCUCACGCCGCUGCACCUUGCAGUGAUGAAGAGCAGCGCCAAGAGCGAGGCCGACCGGAUCGAGAUUGUGGAGCUCCUGCUGGCGGCCGAUCCGCAGCUGCUUGAGACACCAGAUGGCGCAGGGCGGACGCCGCUCCACCUGGCGGCCGAGGCCGGUUUUGUCAAGGGCGCGGCGGUGCUGGUUGAGUAUGCCAAGCCACGUAAUAAGGACAUUCUGAAUGUCCGCGACGGGUCGGCAGCAAAGCGGACGCCGCUGCGUGUGGCAGUCAAGAUGACGACGCCGUCCGCUGAGGCUGCCAGUGGCAAGGAUGCCGUGCCGGUCAAAUCGGCACAGCUUGAGAUGAUCAAGUACCUUGUGGGCGAGGGUGCGCUUCUUGCACCGGAUGACGGGAACACAGGGCGGACCGAGCCGAUUCUGCAUGAGCUCAUCAAGCUCCCAGACGCAGCCAUUCUCGAUGUGGUCGAGAAGCUCAUCGAACAGGUGGGAGCCGCCGCUGGCGACGACGACGAUGGCAGCGGCAGUGGCGGGGGGCCAGUUGCACAAGAGUUUGUUGGAAACGCUGUUGACAACCGCGACGAGUACGGGUUCGCCGACGGCGAAAGUGUCUCCGGUGACGGAUCCGAGGGUGGCGUCGACCGCAACUCUCCGCGGGGAGCGACAUCGCGCGGUGGGCGGAUGCAAGAGCUGGCGAACGAGGUCGACGGUGACGGCAACACGCCGCUGCAUGUGGCAUGCAACAACGUGGCACUGCCCGACAUGGCACUGCUGCUCAUGGAGCACUUGCCGGGACUCGAUGUCAAUGCACAGAACCAUCUUGGCGAGACACCGCUAAUGCGGCUGGUGAUGGCGUCAGACGGAGCCAAGUCCAACCUCGACGAAGUCAUCACUGAACUCAUCGCAGCAGGCGCGGACACGUCGCUUGUGCGGCGGUCGGACGGCGGCACAGUCCUCCAUGCCUUGCUGGAGAAGGAGACGUCUACGGCGGUCGGGUAUGUAGAGACCAUCAUCGAUGCGCUCAACGAGUUUGAGGGCACCGAUGUGCUCAAGGCGACCGUGGUUACGAAGAACCGCUCCUCGCGCAGCCCGCUUCACGUCCUGCUUCUCAACAAGAAGCUCGACCGGUCGCACCGAGUUUUGGUCCGCAAGCUCAUUGAGGCUGGAGCAGACGUGACCGACACGUGCGACGGUGGGCGCAAUGCGCUCAUGCUUGCGCUCAACGCAAGCAAGGACGUGUUUGCACGUGAGGUGCUUGACGCGCAUGGUGACCAGAUGCCGGGCUCGCACAACGACCGGCAAGUGGCGCUGCAACACUAUGGGCCGAUGCUGGAAGCGACCGACGACCACGGGGCUACUAUCCUGCACUAUGCGCUGCGGAACAAGCAUGUGGCUCUGGCGCGACAGUUCCUGCCGGACCCCGCGGCGUCGUACGGUGGCGAUGAUGCACUGUUCGAGUCGCAGGAGUUUGGGGGCGGGACUUAUCGCAAGCACCGGAUGUCGCGCAACGAUUCGACCGCGUCGGGCAUCGGUCCCUACGAUGCAUACGACGAGUAUGACGAUGAUGGCGAGCGGCUGAGUGCACGUAGCGGGCGCGGUGGGUAUGGUGGCGGACACGAUGACGAGAUGUCGAUGCGGUCCGGGAUGGGUCAUGGCGAGGCUGCGCCGCUGGAGAACGAGUACAACUUGCCUGCCGAGUCGCGCGAGCGCAUACUCCUUGAUGCACGCGAUUCUGAAAAUAGCAACAUGACUGCGCUGCAUCUUGCGUGCAAGGAGGGAGCGUGCAAGCAAGUGGCGCUGGAUAUUGUGGCGACGGGGCGGGCCGACGUCAAUCUCGCUGACUACAACAGCAAGGUCGCUCUCCACUACGCGAGUGAGACCGGUGCCAAGGACCUUGUCAAGGCGCUGCUGCUCCGCGGACUCGCCAACCCAACACUCCGUGAUGGUUCAGGGCAGACCCCGCUCCACUCCGCCAUCCAGCACGGUCACGACGACGUGGCCAAGACGCUCCUUGCAGAGUUUUCGGCGACAAUGUCGCAAAUCAUUCCACGCGAGCGAGCGCGCGAGGCAGCCGAGCAGGCAAAGGCUGCUGCGGCUCGCGGACACGAGGUCCACGAAGGAGAGGCCCCCGUGUUGGACGAGGAGUUGGAAGCUGCUGGUGGCGCGGCCAGUGCGGUUGCCUUUGACGGGUCGAUGUCGAAGGAGCAGGUUGCGCGGGCAGUGGCCAAGGAGCGCGAGACGUUUGUCAAUGGGCUCUGCGGUGGCUACACGGCACUGCAUCGGGCGCUUGUCAACCAGCGGCUGGGCCUCUUGCAGCAGCUCUUUGUCUCGGGCGCGUCGCUGGUAUCGCGGACGGUGAUGUCGCCCGAGGGCGAUACGCCUCUUCACCUCGCAGCGCGCGAGUGCCCGAAGGCCAUUCCGGUGCUGCUGGAAGAGGCGCGGCGGCAGUCACUGACGGCGCUGCAGCUGGAUGUCAAGAACAGUGCAGGCAACACGCCAGUCCAUGUGGCGGUUGCAUCGGACGCGCCCGAGCUACGGGAUCUGCUGCAGUUCCCGUUCUCGCCAAAUGCGUUCAACAACAAGCUCCAGACGCCGCUCUCGAUUGCGAUUGAGACUGAAUCCGCAAUGGUCCAGCACUUGCUGGAAAACUCGGCCAAAGCGGACGUGCUGGUGCGUAAGGGCGACGACUCGUCCGACUCGAUGCCGGUCGGGCUCCUUCAUGUGGCACACGAGAAGCGGCGGCCUGAGCUGAUGAAGAUGCUGCUGGACAAGGGUGCCGAUGUGGUGUCGGUCAAUGCGGCCGGCGAGAACAUCCUGCAUGUGCUUGUCAAAGAGAAGAACAACGACAUGGGCUUCCUGCAGUCGCUCAUUGGGCGAAUUGGAACAGGCAUCAACGCGACGCCGCUGCACCUGGCGACGCUCCGCGGGCAUGCGCACAUUGCGGAGCAGCUUGUCCGGGUCAACUGCGGGCUCAACAUCCAAGACUACAAGAUGCGGACGGCGCUGCACAUUGCGGCGGAGCGUGCUGAUUUGGCGAUUGUGGCGUCGAUCCUGUCGACGCGCAAGGCCGAGCUGCAUUUGCAGGACAUGAAUGGGCGUGUGGCGUCGCAGCUGUUGUCCAAGACGCCUGCUGCGCGUGCGCUGAUGGCCGAGUACGCAUCGCUAUCGCCUCGGGCGCCGUACGCGCUCUCUGUCCGGCGGAUGUACGCCGCCGGAUCGAACGCGUUUGGAGAGCUUGGUCUGCCGCAGUCGGCCACGGAAGGCUCCGGGCCGGGCUCGUCUGGAGCCGGCGAAGCGCGCGGCGCGUCGCUGAGUCGGAACAAGUCGCGGCGGUGGGGCAAGGGCCCGAGCGUGGGGGCGCUCUCGCACGUCGAGUUCUUCCGGCGAAAGCGGGCGACGUUUGUGGCGACGGGCUCGUACACAACGCUUGUGGUGUUUGACUCGGGCGAGGUGUACACGUUCGGGUGGAACGAGCAGGGUGAUACCGGUUUUGAUGCCAGCGAGAACGUUGUGGAGAUGCCGCGGCUGAUGAAGGCACUGGAGGGGGUGCACAUUGUGACGGGCUCGAUGGGCUCGUCGUUUGGUGCAGUGGUCUCGGACGCCGGCGCUGUGUACACGUUUGGUGCUGACAAUGACGGGCAGCUCGGGCGGCCAUCGGGCUCAUCGAUGCCGUCGCCCGGAGGGGAGGUCGGGCUUGUAGCCGACCUGGUGGGUGAGCGGGUAGUGGAGAUCUCGUGCGGCGCAUCGAUGGCAGGUGUGGUGACGGACGGCGGUGAGCUGUUCACGUGGGGACGGGCGCGGGCGACCGGACGCGGGACGACUGCAGUUGUGCCACCGGGCAAGGCCCUCGGGUUUGUGCCCGAGGACCUUGUGGAGCGGUUCGAGACUUCGGGCACGCUGUCUGUGGCGAUCACGCGGCGGCUCGACACCGAGUUUUCGUUUGUGUACGCCGCUGGCGAAGACACGUACGGAGCGGUGGGCAUGGGCCGCGACGACUUUGUGGAGUCGGAGUUUACGCUCCUGCCGACGCACUCGGUGCCCGGGCUCAAGACGCAGCUGCUGGACGUGGCUGUGGGCCAGUGGCACGUCCUUCUCCUCACAGCCUCUGGUGAGGUUUACGCGUCUGGCACUGCAAUGUACGGGCAGAUUGGACUCGGGUCUGCGGCGUCUGUGGCGACGUUUACCAAGAUCAACCAUGGGCUCGACGAGCCAAUUGCAAAGAUUGACGCCGGCAGGUACCACUCGUCGGCGAUUUCGCGGAGCGGAGUGUGGUACUGCUGGGGCGACUCUGCAUACCGCAAGAACGGGCACAUUGCGGACGAGACAGUGUACGCACCGCGCAAGGUGGCGCUGACCGAGACGGAUGUGCUCGAGCAUGUGGCGUGCGGCGUCGAGUACACGCUGUACAUCAACUCUGCUGGCUCGCUGUUUGGCCUCGGCUACAACGACUACUCGUGCCUUGGCCUGGCCGGGGCGUACAAGUGGGCGACCGUGAGUCCGCCGGUGGAGGUGACGUCUGUCACCAUUGGACUGCCGUCUAUGAUGGCAGUUGGGCUCAACUUUACGGCGGUAGUGACCGAGAACGGCGGGCUCUUUACGUACGGCCACAACGAGUCUGGCCAGUGCGGGCGAAAGAGCAGCACACGGGUCGAUGUGGCGCGAGUGGGCAUCGGCGGGCGGCACGACCAAUUUGAGUACGUGGUCCAGGCUGUGACUGCUGGCGACUACCAUGUGGCCGUCAUCGAUGAAGUCAACGAUCUCUACACCAUGGGCCGCAACGCCGCUGGGCAGCUUGGGCGUGAGACCGAUGGUCUCUUUAGGCACGAGCUGGGCAAAGUCGAGUUCCCGCGGGUGCCGACCAAGGCGCGUGAGUCGUCAGCGAGUGUUGGUGGCGCCGCUGGAGCGGAAGGCGCGUCGGGUACGAGCGCCGAGCUGGUGGCCAAGUCGGCUGUGAUGACCAAGCCGGAUAAGGUGAAGGUGUUCCUUGUGUCUGCGUUUGCGGAUACGACUGUGGCGUACACGUCUGCGGGUCUCUUUGCAUGGGGCGCCAACGAUUCGGGCCAGCUCGGGAUCGGGUACAAGUCUGAGCGCGAGACCACGCCGAAGCUUGUGCAGCUCGAGCACACGGUGGUGCAGAUUGCCGGCUCGCGCAACAUCACGAUGUUCCUCACGGCGGAAGACGGUCUGUUUGUGACCGGCGAGGGCAAAGCACUUGGGCCGAUUGGGCCAACGUCGACGCCGCGGCGGGUGACCGUGGAGGACACUACCAUCAACGAGGAAAAGUCGGUGGUGUUUAUCGCUGCGGGCCCGCGGUUCUGUGCCGCGGUGACGUACGAUGGGCAGCUGUGGAUGGUAGGCGAUCUGGCAAGCUCGCGGACGUACACGCGUGUUGACUUGUAUGACCCGCUUGGGGCGUUUACGGUCAUCGAAGUCGCACCGUACGGCGACGGGCUUGUCUUUCUCACCGACUCGGGUGAGCUCCGCGAAGUGAUGGAGGUCUCAGAGGGCCCGUCUGCGGGCGAGGCUGUAGAGGCGCUGCUGGAGUCGGGCAAGGUGCUCACGUUUGGUACGGUCUCGUCGGAGCUGAAGACGGUGCUCGACAACGACGACGACGACCACCGGCAGGUGGUGCUCUCGAUGGCCGGCUCUGCGUCGCACCUGACGGUGUCAACGAUGCAGCUAACGCUAUGUGGUGAGCGGAUCAACAAGAACGAGUACAUGCCGCCGACGGUGCUCGUGCUGGGGCUCCCGCGGGGAACAAGCCAGGAGCUUGUGCGGAGCCGGUUCUCGAACUACGGCACGGUGGUCUCUGUCUCACUCCAGCUGUUCAAGCGGGCGGCGUUUGUAGGGAUGGAGUCACUGGCAGCAGCCGAGGCGGCGGCGGCGGCGAUGCACCUCAACUUUGUCGAGUUUGGCGAGCGGGUGGCGCGGGUCAAGGUCCGCGUCCUCCCCUCGUGUGCGCUCGAGUGCGAGGUUGCCGAGUCGCCGAUGCCUCGGUCGGACUUUUGGUACCGGUGGCGCGACGUGCGUGAGCUGCCGUUUUCGCGGUCCGACCUGCUGACAGAGCACCCGGAGCUGUCGUACGCGCUCUCGCCACUGCUGUUGUGCUCCAAGUGCACGCGCGACAAGGGCUUCAAGUACGCCAUCACCAAGCGGUCCAAGUGCCGCGAGCUCUCCCGCGACGAGGUGGCGAAGAAGGUGAACGAGUGCCAGGCGGCCGGCCGCAAGUACCUUGACGAUGCGUUCCUGCCGAGCGAGGCUGCGUUGUGGAACGAUCCGGACAAGCCUGGUGACCCGCACUACAUCACGUAUCCGUCGACGUGGCGCCGGCUGUCGGACUUGUUUGAGACGAUGCCUAACCCGCGUGUGUUUAUCGACGGUGCGGAGGGUGCCGACGUGGAGCAGGGCGGGAUUGGGACGUGCUACCUUUUGGGAUGCGUGGCGGUCCUUGCGACGAACCAAGAGUACAUUGAGAAGGUGUUCAUCAAGCCGUGGAACGUCGACGUGGGCAUUUACUCGCUCAUGUUCUCGCACAACAAGCUGUGGAAGUACGUCAUCAUCGACGACUACGUACCGUGCCUGGAGAGCACUCAGGGCGCAGAUCCGUGGGAGAACCCGCUGCCUGUCUAUGCGUGGUCAGCCGAUCGCAACGAGAUGUACGUCAUGCUCAUCGAGAAGGCAUACGCCAAGUUUAAGGGUUCGUACGAGGCCAUUGACGGCGGUGUCGACCGGUACGCCAUGGUGGAUUUGACCGGCGGCGUGUGCGAGGCGCUCAAGUUUGACGACCCGAAGAUCUCGCGAUCGCUCAAGACCGGUGCGUUCUGGGAGACGAUGGUACUGUACAAGGCGCAGAACAAGCUCAUGUCAUGCUACAUUGAGGACCUGAGUGCAGACAACGAGGAGCCGACGGAGCAAGGCUUGCUGAAGGGUCACGCGUACGCAAUCACGGGUGUGUGCGUGGUCGGGGCCAACCGUCUCCUGCAGAUCCGCAAUCCGCACGGGUCGACAACAUGGUCGGGCGCUUGGCACGACCUCAAGCAGGAGGUUGUGGGCGGCGACGUGGUUGACGACGGCCAGUUCUACAUGUCGUACAAUGACUUUAUCAAGGGCUUUACGGCGGUCGACGUGACGACGCUGCUUCCAGACUCGGACGACGUGGCGCUUCCGGGCGCGAGUCCCGGGUCGCGCGCGCACGACGCGGGUGGGCUGGAUGUCGAGGAUCUCGACACGCUCGAGCUCGCAGUCAAGGCGCUGUCGGGCGCGGUCGAGAACCUGCCGUAUGCCGAUGGAGCGCCGGCGUCGCUGGGCGCAGCAAGUACAGAGAGCUCGGGAACACCGUCGGGUGGAGUGACAGGCAACGCUGCGCCGCUGGCUGGCGGCGCGGCGCAGCCGGCAGUGGACGCGCUGACCGACAAGUUGCGGUCGAUGGCGGAGAAUCCGGCAGCGGACGCUGUGGUGGACCCGACGCUCGCGGCGGCGUGGAUGAUCGAUGGAACGGUGACAACGUCGUCUCUGGGCGGUGAGUCCGAGACGGCGUCGGGUGCACGGAAGCAGGUCUUCCGGCUCGACUGGGCCGAGGGCGAGUCGGGUUGCCGCAAGGCGUUUGCGCUCAAGCUUGGGCGCAAGGCGGCAGACGUGACGGUGGAGAUCCGGCAGCAGACUGCGGAUGAGUCGGCGAUCGACGGCAAGGCCGUGACGCUGCUUGUGUGUCGGUGGCGGACGGGUGUUGACUACUUUCCGGCCAACCGCGAGCGCGGGGCGGUGCUGGCGUCGGACCUGCGAACGGCAGACAUUGUGGACCGGAUCUUCCCUUCGCGGGCCACCAAGGCAUCGCUCUCGCUCUACCUUCCGCCUUCGAAGGACUACACAUACGUCAUUGUGCCAUCGCUGAUGUCGGCCGGUCCGCACACAGCGUUCCUCUCAAUCUUUACCUCGUCGACGGUCCGGGUUGAUCCGGUCCAGCUCGUCGAGUACUUGUGGGAUUCCAAGCCCGCCACAGAGAGAGACAUUGUGGAGGGGACCGGUCAGUUCUUUGUCUUCCGUGACGACGCCGUCGAGACCGACGAAGAGGACGAGUCGGGCGAGGAUCCGCUCGACGCCGAAAAGGCAGCGCUUCAGGAGGCGGCUGUCGGUCUGCCGGCAUCGCUGCAUCCGGUCACCGUCGGCGGUACCUCGUUUGCACCCGCCCGCGUCUCGCUUGAGCAGCUGGCGGCCGAGGCGGCGGCUGUGCCCCGAGCUGCCGCAGCUCCAGACAUUGUGCCCGGGCCAGUUGCAGGCGUGGCAUCGCCAAUCCCACACGGGCGACUUGCACCGCUCAACCCGUACGAAGCGCCAGCGCCGGCGCCAGCUGCUGUGCCUGGGUACGCGGCGCCGAGUCCGAGCUAUCCAGCAUACCAGGCCUACCCAGGCGCCCAAGGCUUCCAGGGCCAUCAAGUCUACCAGGGCUACCCGAGUCCGGGAUACGGCGGCCAGACGGUCGGCCAGGGCCAGGCUCCGGCUCCGGUCCAUGCGGGAGCGUACACAAGUCCACUUGUGGCCGGCGGACCGUCUGGCCUCGAGCCCCGCUAUGGUGGGAUGGUACCGGUGCGCGAGACACGGCCAUCGUCGACGGCAUCGUCGAUGUACAUGUCGCAAGCAUCGGAAGAGGUGUUCGGGGGCAUCUCGACCCGGGCACAGCCGAGCGGCCGCGGACAGGGACAUGUCGGCGGCGGAGGGCAGCUCCCGGCAUUGCCGCGGCGGCAGGGCGGCGUUGGCCGCGGCACAGAGGCUGGGUCGGCCGAACGCAGCCCGAUUCCGCGGCGUGGCGGCGGCGGAGGCGCACCGAGCCGACGCGACCGCGGGCGAGGCGCGGCGGCGCUGCCGCGGCUGCCGCGCGAGGCGAUGGCGGCGCGGGCGGCGCGGCGGACACCGCCUCGGCGGCCGCGGCGCGACAAUCCGUAG